AACUCUUAUACAGGUGCCCACCGUAUUGACCACUGACCUUAAAAGGGUCACUUCAUGAAUUCCCGCCAAUGUUACAAAACAUUGAGACACUUCCGCCACCGUAUGGCCAUAUUAAGACACUACAGCCAUGAAAUUAAACCCUGAUGUGCUCACUUUUAACUGCACGCACUGCAGUAUGGCGAAAGAAUAUUUCUAUGACGUACAUCAGUUUAUUUACAUUCUAAUAGAAAAUUCCAUGUUACUCUUAAAAAAAGAUAAUAAUACUAAUCCUGUCUGUUGAUAGCAGCAAUAUAUUCUGCCAGGAUGUCAGCGUCUGAAAAUGCUUCGUCACCUGAAGCCUGUGAUGCAUCUUUGACCACAUCAGAGGCAGAACUGAGGAUUGUCCUUCUAGGAAAAACCGGAUCAGGACGGAGCUCCUCAGGCAACACCAUCCUGGGUAGGUCGGCCUUCAGGGUGGAUGUCUCCCCCUGCUCUGUCACCACAAGAUCCAAGAAAGAGACUGGGACAGUUGGCGGAAGGUGCGUCUCUGUGAUUGACACGCCAGGGUUCUUUCACACACACCUGACCCCUCAGGACAUCAUAAAAGAAGUGGGACACUGUGUAGUCCUGUCCUCUCUCGGACCCCAUGUAUUUUUGGUGACCCUGCGGCUUUGCAGAUUCACCCAGGAGGACAAAGAUGUCCUGGAGUGGACCCGGGCAACAUUUGGAUCUGGUGCUACCAGGUUUACGUUGGUGUUGUUUACAUGGGGAGAUCAACUUCACGGAAAUUGUGUUCAAGACUUUCUAGCGCAGAAUAAGGAGCUUUCAUCGUUUGUCAGAAGCUGCCGUGGAGGGUUUCAUGUCUUUGACAACAGCGCGCAGUGGAAUACGACCUCAUGCUCGCUUCAAGUUGAGCAACUUCUGAGAAAGAUCGACAAACUUGUGGCAGACAACGGAGGCGGUUGCUAUAGCGAUGCCAUGUUUAAUGAGGCAGAGAAUGCUAUCAAGGAUGCUCAGGAGAGGAUUCUGGAAGAAAGACGACACAGGUGGCUUCACACGGAGGAUGACGAAACAGAAGGGCAAGAGACAGAGUUAAAAAUGAGUUGUGGGAGAGAAGAAGAGGAAGCCAACCGGAGGGCCGAAAGACUCUUCUGGUGCGAGCUGUUGUACGCGCUAGGAAAAGGUGCGGCAGAAGGCGCUGGGAUGCAAGACGCAAACAAGAACAAAAGCAAGGCUUUGAAGAAAAUCAAAGUCGCGGAGAAGGCAGCAGCUCUGGUUACCUCGCCGUUCUCCAUCAGGUCGGCGGCCAAAGUGGUGGGAGGGGCUGUGAGAGAAGGAAGUAAGGUGCUGUACAAGCACAGGAAAACAUUUCUGAAAGAAUGAGAGAGAUCACAAGCUGUCAACCUUCCGUCACGUACCCUCACACAAGAUUUUCUGUAUUUCUCAUACCAAGGAGCAUGCUUUCAUUUGAAUGUUCCACAAUCAGAAUAAAGGCAAUGUUAACAAAUGUGCAAUUUAAUUUAGUAAGAACAUUUGAAGUAACAAAGCACCCUGACAAUUGUAGAUAAAGUAGUGUCUUGAAUUUGAUAGUAUAUUUACAUAACAUGUUGUUAAACAUUAGAUUUUUGGCUUGACUUGAGUUCAUGCAACUGCUUAGCCCUUUUACUCCCAUGACGUUAUCUCAAGUCUAAAGUAAACAAAGAAUAAAAAGGCCACAUCCUUGGCAACAAGGGUUGAAAGGAAAAUAAACAGGGAGUGUCACUUUGAACUGAAAACUGAAUUAGAUGAACUGAUAGUCAAAGAGUUUUAUCAUUAGCAGACAUCCAAUCCAUUUGAACUGGGAGAGUUGACAGCGAGUGAACGUUGGCUGUCAACCCUCCCAGUUCAAAUGGAUUGGACGUCUAUCACCAUCAAUGGCAGACAAUGAGCCAAAUAAAAUACCUGAUACUGCAUUCGGUUGUCUCUGCAUUCUGAGCACCAGUUAAUGGCAAAGAAAUAUGUUCUUAUACUUUGUUGUAAAAGUGCCCAAUUUAGGCCGCGCGUAAAAACAUACAUUUUCAGUGUCAUGUUUGCAUCCCAGCGUAUAAAGUUUAAAAAAAAAAAAAAAAAAAAA